GCGCACGGGCCGGGCGUCUCGACUCCCGCGCGCGCUCGGCGGGUCCCAGUCCCCGAGAGAAGAAGCGGAGGAGGGAGCGAGCCGGCGAGGCGGCCCAGGGGAGCGGGCGCGAGUGGCGGCUGCCGGGGCCGCCUGUGCACGGGCAGCGGCGAGGCCAGGCGAGGCGAGGGUGGCGGUCGCCCGAGCGGCGGGAGCCGGGGCGGCGCGGAAUCCGCAUCCGCCGCGAGUGUGAUGAAGCUGCCCUGCCUCGCUGCUCCGCUCGCCGCCAGCUGACACCGCCCGCACCCAGCCCGCCCGGGAGGGGAGACGCCGCGGGGCCGUGACCUUGGCGCAGGAGGGCAGACUGAUAAUUCUUGUAUCUGAGAGUGGACCAAGUUUUGGGUGACAUGGCGCAGGGGAAUAAUUAUGGGCAGACCAGCAACGGGGUGGCCGAUGAAUCACCCAACAUGCUGGUGUACAGAAAGAUGGAAGACGUCAUAGCACGUAUGCAAGAUGAAAAAAAUGGAAUUCCUAUUCGUACGGUCAAAAGCUUUCUUUCCAAGAUACCUAGUGUCUUCUCUGGUUCAGACAUUGUUCAAUGGUUGAUAAAGAACUUAACUAUAGAAGAUCCAGUGGAGGCGCUCCAUUUGGGAACGUUAAUGGCUGCCCAUGGUUACUUCUUCCCAAUCUCAGAUCACGUCCUCACACUCAAGGAUGAUGGCACCUUUUACCGGUUUCAAACACCCUAUUUUUGGCCAUCAAAUUGUUGGGAGCCGGAAAACACAGAUUAUGCUGUUUACCUCUGCAAGAGAACAAUGCAAAACAAGGCACGACUGGAGCUCGCAGACUAUGAGGCUGAGAGCCUGGCCAGGCUGCAGAGAGCCUUUGCCCGGAAGUGGGAGUUCAUUUUCAUGCAAGCAGAAGCACAAGCAAAGGUGGACAAGAAGAGAGACAAGAUUGAAAGGAAGAUCCUUGACAGCCAAGAGAGAGCGUUCUGGGACGUGCACAGGCCUGUGCCUGGAUGUGUGAAUACUACUGAAGUGGACAUUAAGAAGUCAUCCAGAAUGAGAAACCCCCACAAAACACGGAAGUCUGUCUAUGGUUUACAAAAUGAUAUUAGAAGCCACAGCCCUACCCACACACCCACACCAGAGACUAAACCUCCAACAGAAGAUGAGUUACAGCAACAGAUAAAAUACUGGCAAAUACAGUUAGAUAGACAUCGGUUAAAAAUGUCAAAAGUCGCUGACAGUCUACUAAGUUACACGGAACAGUAUUUGGAAUACGACCCGUUUCUUUUGCCACCUGACCCUUCUAACCCAUGGCUGUCUGAUGAUACCACUUUCUGGGAGCUUGAAGCGAGCAAAGAACCGAGCCAGCAGAGGGUAAAACGAUGGGGUUUUGGCAUGGACGAGGCAUUGAAAGACCCAGUUGGGAGAGAACAGUUCCUUAAAUUUCUAGAGUCAGAAUUCAGCUCAGAAAAUUUAAGAUUCUGGCUGGCAGUGGAGGACCUGAAAAAAAGGCCUAUUAAAGAAGUGCCCUCAAGAGUUCAGGAAAUAUGGCAAGAAUUUCUGGCUCCGGGAGCCCCCAGUGCCAUUAACUUGGAUUCGAAGAGUUAUGACAAAACCACACAGAACGUGAAGGAACCUGGACGAUACACGUUUGAAGAUGCUCAGGAGCACAUUUACAAACUGAUGAAAAGUGAUUCAUACCCACGUUUUAUAAGAUCCAGUGCCUAUCAGGAGCUUCUACAGGCAAAGAAAAAGGGCAGAAACAUCCCUAUUUUCCCAUGCCAUAAAAACUGUACACCAACACUGAGGGCCAGCACUAACCUGUUAUGAAAAGAGGGGAAAUCUCUCACGUCAAAGAGGUUAACAAGCCUUGUUCAGUCUUACUAAACGGAUCAUCUUGUAGCAUGGAUGCAGACUGGAAUCAUUGCACAUACUUUGUAGCUCGCUGUUGUGACCUGGAGCAGAGGACAUUAGACCAAGAUGUUGCAUGAGCAAAGGACCUAAAUUGUUAUUUUUGUGUGUACAUUCCAUCUCCAGUGGACUCUUUACCAUCUCGAUGCCUCCAUUCCAAACCGUUGUCUGCUUUCUUUCUCCUCCUACUAUGCUGGAUCUGUGUUUUUUCCUUUUUAACAAGUUCAAGUGAAGUAAAACUUUUUCUUUUUUCCUUCUCUCUCUCUCUCUCUCUCUCUCCCCCCCCUCCCUCUCUCUUAAAGCUUCUGCUAGACACACAGUUCACUGAAAAUUCAGUCAGUCACAAACUGGAAGAAUUGUAAAAGACAAAAAGCAUUUAUCAAUAAGUAUACAUAUGGCUUCACAUUUAUUAAACAAUAAAUUAGCACAGAAAGUUUCAUUUCACCAAUGUAUCCACAGUCAGAAACACACUCAUGUCUUUGUCUGUUGUCUGUACAUUCUCCGUUAAUGUUUCUUGCAUUUAUUUUUAUACCAUAUUUAAAGAGGAAACACCUUUUACUCCAAAUGUAUUAAAGUUGAUCCUUUCUCUGUAAAUUUGUGUAUGUUUAUAUUGUUGUUUUAUCUUUCAUUAAAAGAUGCAGAAUCUCA